AUGUCACAGCCCACUCUUGAGUACUCCACAAAGAGCAAGGAAGCAAAGCAAAUUGUAGAUGACCAUGUGGCUGAUUUUUUUUAUGAGAAUGGAAUACCAUUGAAUGCUAUUAACUCAAGAAGCUGGGAGAUUAUGUUUGAGUCCAUUGGGCAAUAUGGUCCUGGGUAUCGCUCACCUUCAUACCAUGAGAUUAGGAAUCCACUACUUGAUAGGGCAGUCAACAAGAUAGAGGAGCUGAGAAAGAAGCAUGAGGACGCUUGGAAGGAAUAUGGCUGCACAAUCAUGUCAGAUGGAUGGACUGACACUAGCCACCGUCAUCUCAUCAACUUUCUUGCGAAUAGCCCAGCUGGAACAUUCUUCUUAGGUUCAGUUGACGCUUCAAGUGAGAUAGCCAAUGCUUCUAUGUUAGCAGACUUGUUAGAGAAACAAAUUAAUAAGGUUGGGAAUGAGUAUGUGGUGCAAAUUGUCACAAAUAAUGGAUCAAACUACAAGGCUGCUGGAAGAAUUCUUAUGGAGAGGAUCCCAACUUUGUUUUGGACACCAUGUGUUGCCCACUAUUUGGAUUUGAUGAUGGAGGACAUUGGGAAGAUACCUGAGUUUAGCUCUUGCAUUAAUUCGGCUAAGAAGGUGUGUAGGUUUCUCUACAAGUAUGGGAGGAUUCUAGAUCUUAUGCGAGAGAAGAUCGGUGGUGAUCUUGUGAGGCCUGCUAUUACUCGCUUUGCUACUUCCUAUCUCACAUUAGUAAGCAUGCUUAAGAAUAAACAGGGGCUGAGGAGUUUGUUUAUGAGUGAGGAAUGGCAUUCUAACAGCUUGUCAAAAAGUGUUGAAGGGCGGCAGGCUGAGAACAUAAUCCUUUCCAUACUAUUUUGGACAAAAGUGGAGUACUGUAUAAAAGCAACACAACCCCUUCUCAUUGCUAUGAGGAUAGCAGAUGGUGAUGAAACAUCAGCAGCUCCUAAGAUAAUGGCAGCAAUGGAUGCUGCAAAGAAGACCAUCAAGGAAACUUUGCGAGACAAAUCAUCAUUACUGAAUGAUGUAAUGGAAUGCUAUGACAAGAGAUGGGAGAACCAGAUGGAGCAAAAACUAUAUGGAGCAGCCCUCUUCUUGAAUCCUGGAAAGUACUUUGCCAUAAAGGAAAAGGAUAGGUGA